AUGCCGUCCCGAACGCAAUCAUCCAGCCUCAUCUGGACUCUGGCCGCGGCCUCUGUCUCGCUUUUCGCUACGGGAGCCUCAGCCGAGACGGUCCUGGGUGCAUACAUUUUCUCUCGCCAUGGAGACCGUACAUCAAAGUCUACUCCUCCAACUGUCCUGACGGACCUGGGCUACAGCCAAGUCUACAUGACCGGCCAGUACUACCGAGACAGAUACCUUUCCGACUCAUCAGCAUCCCAGAUACAAGGGAUCAACCCGGACAUUGUCACGCCAGCUCAAUUGACUGCCCUUGCCCCUGCGGAUCAGGUCCUACAGAAUUCCGCAACUGCUUUUUUCCAAGCACUUUACCCGCCAGCGGGUAGCGUUGCAAAGACAACCCUUCGAAACGGAACGGACAUCGAGGCUCCCAUGAACGGAUAUCAAUUGGUCGCCCUGGAGCAAACCAAGGCUGGCGGAAACAGCGAAAAUCUUGCCUGGCUGCAGAGCGCCAGCAAAUGCCAGAAUGCCAAAAUCAGUAGCAACAGCUAUUUUUCGUCCGCGCCGUAUAACGAAUUGUUAGGUUCGACCGCCGACUUCUAUAAGUCGCUCACUCCUAUGAUCAAGGACACCUUUUCGGAAGAUGAGAUCAGUUAUAAGAACGCAUAUACCAUUUUUGACUUGCUGAAUGUCGCAUCCAUCCACAACUCAAGCGAUAGCUUCCCUUCCUCCGAGCUUCUCACCGAUUCCGUCUAUUCCCGCUUACUGGACCUCGCCAACGUGCACCAAUUCAAUCUGGCAUACAACGAGUCAGACCAAAUUCGUGCAGUCAGCGGCUCCGUCUUAGCGGGCGAGAUCCUCACCGCGUUUGAGGAAUUCAUCUCUUCCAAGGGCGAUGCCAGCAAGCUCAAUGUCCAAUUCGGUGCAUAUGCCACUUUCCUCUCCUUUUUCGGCCUCACCCAACUUCCAAAGGCCCACAACGACUUCAAUGGUAUCCCAGACUACGCGUCGACCAUGGCCUUUGAGCUUGUGACCAACGCAUCUACUUCAUCUUUCCCCGACGCUUCUGAUAUUAGCGUUCGAUUCCUCUUCCACAAUGGCACCAUCUCACCUGGAAACAAACCAUCCGAAUUCGCUCUCUUCAAUCAACCCAAAACCGUUCUGAGUUGGUCUGAAUUCACCAGUCAAAUGGAGAAAAUCAGCCUGGUGUCUCAGGAGGCGUGGUGCACUGCUUGCGGUGGCACAUCUGGCGACUGUGCCUCGAGCAAUGCUGGUCCCAAGCCAAACGCAACCACCCAUGACGGAAGCCUGUCCACAGCCCAAGCUGGCGUCGUGGGUGCGAUGGUUACCCUAGGUGUCAUUCUUGCUGCCCAGUCGUUAUUUAUGUUGGUUGGCGGUUUCAGAUUCGUGCGAAGAUCUAACAUUGUUAAGAUCAGCGAGCUGCCGGAGAAGAAUGUGGCAUAA